UUCGUAUUUUGUUUAUAAUUCAUAAGCGGGGUUUAAUUAAGUCUUAUUGUGACCGAGGGAUCGCAGGAUGAAGCUCGCUUUAACUGUUGGAGUUCUGGCGGUGUUGUGCACUCUUGCACACACAUACAAAAUUCAGGAUCGUGCUGCUAAGAAUGAUGAUGUUCAGAAAACGUCUAACAGCGAAACGAGCCUCUUACGUGCUCUUAUAAGCAAACUGGCUGGGAAAAUCGAAGAAGAGAAGAAGGACGUAGGCGAUGCUGCCAAAACGGACAUUUCCGGAAAAGGACGUUCUUUGUCAUUAUUGCACGGAAGUGGCACUACGUCCUCAGGCAAGGCGGCGGUUGUGCGAGCCGCCCAGCACCUCCGGGAGAUGCAGGCACACGCACAGAAAGCCGGCCGCAACACUGGACAGGCGACUCCCAGUGUCUCACAGUCCGCCGCCCAAACGCACAAAAGGACAUUACAGAAGCUUCGCGGUUUGCUUCACUCGAAACCCUGGUCGAAGACGCAGGGCAAGAAGUCAGUGACGGACGUCGGCUACGAUGAUCCCCUCGAGGAAAAUUAUAUGGAAGAGAUGUUUGAGCGAUGUGUGAUGACGGACGAGGUGGGCUAUCAGUUUCUGAACUAUGAGGACGAGGAGUGCUUUGACUGGGACUGGGCCGUUUACGAAGUCUGCUAUUUCCAGGAGUCCGAAACCAGUCCUCCCGGCUGCGACAAGUGGGGCGAUGUGUGGAACGACAUCUACAUGGCCAAUGAUGAGCUGUAUAUUGAAUUGUACGACAGCAGUUACUACGGAAGUGGAAUCGGCGACUAUGGCUACUACGACACAUCAGUGUGUAAUCACACAUGGGAAGACGCCGGAAGUUUCUGGGCGUGUGUGCGGGAUCAUCUAAGUCAGUACCACGCCGAUGUCGAAGCGUUCUGGGAUGUAAACGGACUUGGCGACUCUGGAGUGCCGUUUCUUGGACCCCUCAUUGGCGAGUUCUUGCAUGAACUGUCCGGGAUAAUGGGUGACAGCCCGGAGACGUUCGCAGAAGUGUUCGCCACAAUCGAUAUGCUUCUUUAUAACAACGUUUACGAGGCCCUGUUACAGUUGAAAGAAGCCCAAGGGGAUGACGAUGGUCAUUUCGCCGAGUUAGAAAGCCUACUCUGGUAUGAAUUCGAGGGACUUUAUAAUCUCAACGUGGAAAUCUGGACUUGGUUGUACACCCACGGGCCGUACAGUGUGGACAUGAGUAUGCAGUAUUCUAACUAUUAGCGAUAUGUCUGUCGGAGAACCUCGGCCAUUCCCCUUCAAAAAACUCGAAAGUGUUUAGACAGUUUAAAAUGUCAGAAUUCUUUACAGUUAACUAAGCUGCAAGUAGAUCGCGUAGUAAUUUCAGUUUAGCAGUUAAACCAAAAGACUUUAUUCUAAGAAAUCGAAAUGAUUUAUGCAAUAAAACGCUUGACUAGAAAUCAAUUUGAACGUAGUUAUAACAAUAAAUGUUAAACCAAACAUUUGAGAAAUAUUAUUAUUCAGUUACUUAUGCAACGGCAUACAUACGAGGCUUGUCGUAAAGCGGAGAUAGCCGAGCUGUUCCGAUUGAUUAUCGAGAUGCCGCUUCAGCUUAUCUUGCGAUCGUAACAACUCGGUCAUCUCCGUCAAUCUUCGGGAGGUCAAUUAUGUUGGGUAAUAGCCGAGGUGUUCCUGGCCUACAUCUUAUCCCGACUCGGAACGGAAAAGGACGAUCUAACCUGAACUUUCUACCUUUGUUUUUCACUUAAUGUCCUUUACAUAAAAUGAUUUUACACUAUAUCUGAUUAACAUUUUAAAUAUCACCAAGUAUGACCUAUUCUUCAUUGCAUCUGUGCAUUGCCGUAAAUUUAUGCUUUUUGGGGCACUCUCUUUCAUGUCUGCUCGAAAUCUGUAUUAAA